AUGGCAGAUGAGAAUGCAUACGUCCUGGGGGAUCAUCAGAUGUUUGGAAUGGACCCAUACAUUGGGAUGAAUGUGCUGAUGAAUAAUGCUGGCAUAAUUACGUCUGAUCUACCGAUUCGUACAGCUGAUGGGCCAUACCUUCAAAUUGUUGAGCAACCUAAACAGAGGGGAUUUCGUUUCCGAUAUGUUUGUGAAGGCCCAUCACAUGGUGGACUUCCUGGAGCUUCUAGUGAAAAGAACAAAAAAUCAUAUCCACAAGUUAAAAUCUGCAAUUACGUCGGCCCUGCAAAAGUAAUUGUUCAGUUGGUCACAAAUGGAAAACAGCCCCACCUGCACGCUCACAGCUUGGUGGGGAAACACUGUGAGAAUGGAAUAUGCACAGUUAAUGCAGGACCAAAAGAUACUGUGGUAGGCUUUCCAAACUUGGGAAUAUUGCAUGUUACAAAGAAGAGAGUGUUUGACACGCUAGAAGCACGCAUGAUCGAUUGCUGUAAAAAAGGCUACAAUCCGGGGCUUCUCGUGCACCCUGAACUGAGCUAUAUACAAGUGGAAGGUGGAGGGGACAGACAGCUCACAGAGCGUGAGAGAGACAUCAUUCGCCAGGCAGCCCUUCAGCAGACUAAAGAGAUGGACCUCAGUGUGGUGCGGCUCAUGUUCACGGCUUUCCUUCCUGAUAGUACUGGCAGCUUUACAAGAACACUUCAUCCGGUCUUAUCUGAUCCUAUAUAUGACAGCAAAGCCCCCAAUGCUUCCAACUUAAAAAUUGUACGAAUGGACCGGACGGCAGGCUGCGUGACAGGAGGAGAAGAGAUUUACCUUCUUUGCGACAAAGUUCAGAAAGAUGAUAUUCAGAUCCGUUUUUAUGAGGAAGAUGAAAAUGGUGGUGUCUGGGAAGGGUUUGGAGAUUUUUCCCCUACUGAUGUGCACAGACAGUUUGCUAUAGUAUUCAAAACACCCAAGUACCGAGAUGUCAAUAUCAUAAAACCAGCAUCUGUUUUUGUCCAGCUGCGGAGGAAAUCUGAUCUGGAGACAAGUGAACCAAAGCCUUUUCUGUAUUAUCCUGAAAUCAAAGAUAAGGAAGAAGUGCUGAGAAAACGGCAGAAGCUCAUGCCUAACUUUUCUGAUAGUUACGGUGGAAGCGGAGCAGGCGCUGGAGGAGGUGGAAUGUAUGGAGGAGGAGGAAAUGGUGGUGGUGGAGGUGCUGGAUCAGGUUAUGGGUACCCACCAUACGGUUAUUCUGGUUAUGGAGGAAUGCACUUCCAUUCCAGCACAAACAAGGCUGGUGCUGGAAUGAAACAUGGAUUCUCAAACGACAUAUCUAAAAGGGAGGAUGGUGAAAGUCGCCUCAAGAGCAGUAAAAAACAUAGUGUGAAAUUCAAGGAAAAAGUUGGUGGUGAAGAGAGAAGCAAAACCGGGAUUUGUACAGCUCCCAAGCCGGAAGAUACAGAGAUUAGUAUACAAGAUAGUUUCUUUUUGGAGAAGGCUAUGGAGCUUGCUAAGCGUCAUGCCAAUGCCCUUUUUGACUAUGCGGUCACGGGAGAUGUGAAGAUGUUACUGGCUGUUCAGCGGCAUCUGACCACGGUCCAGGAUGAAAACGGUGACAAUGUCCUUCACUUAGCAAUUAUUCAUCUUCAUGUGGAGCUGCUGAGAAACCUCUUAGAAGUGAUAGCAGACUUGAAUGCCGAUGACAUCCUCAACAUGAGAAAUGACCUGUACCAGACUCCUCUACACUUAGCUGUCAUCACAAAGCAGGCAGGAGGGGUAAAAGCCUUGCUGAGAGCCGGGGCAGAUGCGACUCUUUUGGAUCGGCAUGGGAAUUCGAUCUUGCAUCUUGCAACCAAACAAGGGGAUGAGAAGGUGUUGAAUGUUCUGCUUCAUCACAAAGAAGCAUCUCUGAUGAAAGACCUCCCUAAUGGUGAAGGUCUGAAUGCUGUCCACCUGGCUGUAAUGGCUAACAGCGUGUCUUGUCUCAGGCGCCUCAUUGCUGCUGGAGCCAAUGUCAACGCCCAGGAACAAAAAUCUGGGAGAACUGCCUUGCACCUGGCUGUUGAACAAGGAAAUAUCUCCUUGGCAGGCUGCCUUCUGCUUGAGGGUGAUGCCAAUGUUGACAGCAUUACGUAUGACGGAACCACUCCACUUCACAUAGCGGCUGGAAGGGGUUCUACGAAACUGACAGCGCUUCUCAAAGCGGCAGGUGCAAAUCCCUACAUUGAGAACUUCGAGCCACUGUUUGAACUAGAAGAUGGGCAUGAUAAAGACAGUGACGAUGAAGAGGGUGUCCCGCGAGCAACACCUUUGGACAUGGCAACGAGUUGGGAGGUAUAUGAUAUCUUGAACGGCAAACCCUGCAAGUCAAAGGUGGCUUCUGAUGACCUAUUGACACAAGGGAACAUGAAAGAACUGAGUGAGGAUGUUAAAUUACAGCUUUACAAGUUGCUUGAAGUACCUGAUCUGAACAAAAACUGGUCCAUGUUGGCUCAAAAACUGGGCCUAGGGAUACUAAACAACGCUUUCCGGUUGAGUCCUUCUCCAUCAAAAACUCUUCUGGAUAAUUAUGAGGUGUCUGGAGGUACAAUAGGAGAGCUGGUUGAUGCCUUGAGAGACAUGGACUAUCCAGAAGCUGCUGAAAUUAUCCAGAAAACACUGUCCGUCUCAUCUAGUCAGUCCGAACAAGAAGAGACAGAAGGUGAAAUUUGCAUUCUCAAAUUCCAAGACACUGAAAGCAUUUGUGACAGUGGUGUAGAGAUCUUCCUCCGCAAACUCAGCUUAACAUAUUCUGAAUCUUUCACCAGCGAGUCACCAGUGACGCUUACGAAACUGGACCCAGGAUAUGGACAAGACAACUUACUACAGGGCAAAAUUGAAGCCACUUAAUGAUGUGGAGUGCUCAAGUAAAGCUCUCU